AUGGCGCCACCGCCGCCGGUGGAGCUCCGUCGGCCGCCGGACCGGCCUCAAAAUGUUCGUAACGAUGCUGUGAAUCAACCUAUAGCUGCUAAUUCCCAUUUGGAUCCUCACAAUGCUCGGAAUUUGACCGAGAUUAAUGUAAAUUCGCGCAAUAAUCCGAAGUCGCCAACCGUCACCGGACAUUAUUCCGGUGACAUUCCUGACGGCGCAACCACGAGGUUUUCUUCGCCAUCCACCGGUCGAGUAGCUGCUGAAAUUUCGGGCCAUUCUAACGGUGCAAUCGUCGGCGAACCUCUGUUCAUCGCCGGCGCCGGCAUUUCCACCGGCGAAAAUGGCGAAUCUCAACGAAAUAUUGUGCGCAAUGAUGAAAGGAAUAUCCUCAUACAAAAAGCCCCAAUUUCUUCGCAUCUGAAAGCUUCCAAUUUGACUUUGAAUGCGACGCCACCGCGGGUGAAUUCGGCCGAUAGCGGCGCCGCCGCCGGAAUUGUCCAAAUUGCAGUUUCUUCGGGUGAUGCAGAGCACAAUAAGGAGGGCAUCGCAAAGACUACAGAACCCCCAAUUCCUAUUCAACCAAUUGCAACCAAUUUGGAAAUUAGGGUUCAGCCCUGUCCAAAUUCCAAUACGGUCGUAGAUGACGCUACAGUGAAGGAUCAUACAGCCUCCAACCUGAACUCGAAGAGAGACGACAAUGCAGGUACAUCCUCUUCACAAAAUCAAGUUGACAAGGCUCGAAUCCCUGCGGGUUCCUCUGUUGUGCCGAAUAAAAUAGGUCUCUUAGCCGGAAAAGAUUCAUCGAUGAUAGUAGCGGGGCAUGCUGAUACGCAGCCAGCAGGAGUUUCAAACACCCGACAAAGGCAGUCCACGCAUCCUGCUUUUCCCAAGGUUUCUGCAAACUUUGAUAAGCCCGCUCACAAAUCGGGUCAGCAUAAUCAAUUGGAGAAGUCCACCAAGCCUGAUGCUACAACAUCUGCUAUCAGUUACAAGAAUAAGCUGGUUUCCGAGCCAGCACCGUUCACUGUAGUCCAGACCUAUGCUACUAGACUGCGAGCCAACCACAUUGCAAGUGAGGUUCCUAUUCAGCUAGUGGAACCUACUCUUACUACUAGGCAAGGUCUACCAGCUGUUAUCUUCGAUACGGAGGACGUUAUGGUGAAGUUAGCUGAUAGGUGUAAGUUUACACUUAUUGGAAAAUUCACUAACCCAAUGCCUAAGAUGGAGUUGAUUCGGAAAAGCUUUACCCAACAGACUCAGCUCACAGGUGGUGUUAAAAUCGCUCAUUAUAAUCCCAGACAUGUAUACAUUGAUCUAGAUAAUGAACAGGAUUACAUCACUGUAUGGACUCAACAGAGGAUGUAUAUAGAUAGCCAACUCAUGAGGCUGCAAAAAUGGACUCCGACGUUCACUCCAAGGGAAGAAACGCCUAUUGUUCCUGUCUGGGUCACAUUACCGGAGCUACCUUGGCAUUUCUACAACAAGGAGUUCAUCUCAGCACUUUUAUCUCCGGUGGGUAAAACGCUAUAUUUAGAUACUGCUUCUAUUCAGAAGACCAGAGGCAGCAUGGCUAAAGUGAGGUUGCAAAUCAAUCUCACCGACGAAUUACCCCCUCAUAUCUGGAUAGGAUUUGAUAAAAACGACCUUACGGUUGGUAAAUGGCAGGCUAUCCAAUAUGAAGAUAUUCCGGCCUAUUGUUCGUAUUGUAAGCACCAGGGCCAUCGUGUACAAGCUUGCAAUGUAAAGAAAAGAGAUGAUGAGUAUAGGCAAAAAAAAGAAGCUAAUCUGGGUGUCAAAUCCAAGGAUCAGCACAUACCGGAAGCUAGCAAACAGGUGCCAUCUAAGGACCGGACAGCUCCAGCUUCUGCUAUUACUGCUCCUCCAUGUGCUUCAGGUACUAAGGUUGAUCACCAACACCAACAGCAGAAGCAGCAGAUUCAACCAACUGAGGAAUGGCAAAUCCAAAAGAAGAAGACCUUCAAAGGAGUCACUCAGAACAAUCAGAAAACCAAAGCAGUAGCAUCACAAGUUCAGGUCUAUAAGCCCACACCAUCUGCUAACCAAAACAUUAAGCUGCAAAAAAAACAACAGAGCAAACAAGUCAAGCUCCCAAUUGAAGCAAACAAAACCACAGCUACUGCUCAGAAUAAUCAGAAUUGCGUACAGAUUGUUGACAAUGCUAAGGGUCGAAUAAAUGAGACUAUGUCCAGUUUGAUAGAAUAUCAGAAUGUGCAGCCUGUUGGUUCUCUGAUGGGUCCAUGUGAAGUUGCUAAUUGUCAGAAUGCAGAAGCUGUAGUGGCUCAUGUGGACAGUACUAAUAUGGAUCAGAAUCCUCAGGAGACUUGCCUUGAUUCUGGAAAUGCUCAAGUAGACUGCCAGGUUUCCACUCAGAUGGUUAGUACUACAUUGGGUAGCAAGGAUCAAAGAAAGUAUCCUGCUGAAGAUGCCAGGGGACAAGCUGAUGGUAUUGCAGAUGCUCGGACUGCUGAAGUGUUCUCUGGCAGGGUUUUUGCUCAUCAUGCUACAGGUUCUGAACUGAUUGCUGAAAAGGCCAGGGUCCAGCCAACUCAAGCUGAUGAUGCACAGCAUGCUGAAUUGGAAAAUACUCACCUGAAUUUUGUUGACAAUGCUCACAUUGCAGCUCUUACUCUGGGUAUCAGGCAUCCAAGGCAGCACCGAGUUCAUUCUGUUGGUUCAGCACCUGAGAUAUUUUAUGCUCAAAAGAAUCAAAACAGCGUACAGAUUGUGGACAGCCAGGGUCGAACAAUUGAGGUUAUUGAUGAAAAUGCCAAGAGAUGUAUUCACAGUGUCCAGGCUAUUGGUCCUCGAAUGGUUCAAGCUGAAGUUGUUAACACUCAGAAUACUGAAUGUGUAAUUGCCAGGGAUCAAGGUCAUCAUGUUGCAAAGCAGAUAGCUGUUGAUCUGAAUGCUCUAGCCCAGGUUGAUGCUCCGGGGGAUCAACAUGUAGCAGCUCCUGCUGUUAUCCCUGGUCUCACAGACCAAAUGCAACACCAGCAAGAAGUGCUGACUGGUUUGGUCAUGGGCUCUCAACAAGCUCGAUGUUCUGAUACAUAUUCUGAAAAUGCCAGACUCACUCCUCAGAAUCAGUACCAGGAGGCUGUUGCUCAGGGUCACCAGCUGGGUGAUGUUCGUUGUGGGAUUGCAGCUUAUCAGCAGGACUAUCAGGCUGUGGAUCAGGUUCAACAACAUGCCCAAUCUGCAGAUGGUUCAGCAACUGAUAUGAUGAUUGAUACAGCCAAAAUCACUGAUGCUAGAGAUACAAUUCAGAAUCAGCACGAUGAGGUGUUUGCUCAGGGACAACAGUUGGGUAAUGUUCAACAAAUUGCUCCCCCGAUAGAUGGUUCAGCCAGUGCCAAGAUGAAGCCUCAGAACAUGGGUAUGGAAGUGUUCAAUGGUUCCAAAGCUGCUGACAAUUCAGUUUUCUCUUCAAAUUCUACCAGCAAUUCUAUUUCUGUGGCCAGCAGAACCACAAGAGUUAUGCAGAAGACCAGACCAGCGAAAGAACCUCAAGUCACUCAUCAAAAUGCCCAGUUUCAGCAACAUGUUCAACCAGCUCAGUGUACUCUCAAUACUAAUCCUACAAGCCCCCCGGCCGAAGAGGAUGAAUAUAGAGUAAUAGAAUCGGAGAAUGAAAAUGAAAUGGACACUCAGUCCAUAUCUGAUGCAGCAGAGGAGGAAUAUGACAACGUUCAGGUACCGGAACACGUUGAGCAUACAGAGGUUCAGCAGGUUGCGGAUAGACAGGGUCUGUCUCCUCGGGGUAGUAAAGCGAAAAGGCAUGUCAGAAAACAGUCCAAAACAAGUAUCUCUGCUGAUUCCAGCAGACCGAUCACCACCAGGUCGCGAAGUCGAGGUGCCCAAUGAUUCACACUAUUUGUUGGAAUGCUAGAAGCAUCAACACCAAAGGAGCGUUGGAAAGACUCCAACAGCUCAAGGCUGUCCAUAAUGUGUCCACGAUUGCCAUCCUGGAACCUUUUAUUGACAACUCACAUAUCAACAUCUACAAGAGUCGCCUUCGAAUGGAAAAUGCCUAUUGCAAUCUUAACGGUAAAAUUUGGAUCUUCUGGAAUCAAGACGUUGACUGCAAAGUGCUUGAUUCUGAUGACCAACAAGUUACCUGUGAGUUCAGCCAUGCAGAGCUUCCAUUUGCAUUCACUACCACCUUCGUCUAUGCCAAGUGUAGUGCUCACCUCCGACGACCUCUUUGGGAUAAGCUUCUCCAUCAUGCAGCUUAUCAGGGCCCUUGGUGCACAGUUGGGGACUUUAAUGUGAUCACUACUACGACAGAGAAAAAGGGAGGGGUACCGUACAACAUCAACAAAAGUUUUGACUUUCUGAGUGUUAUAGAAGCUUGCGGUCUGAUUGAUCUUGGUUUUCAUGGUCAGCAAUUCACUUGGUGUAACCAGAGAAAUCCAGACGCUAGAGUUUGGAAGAGAUUAGACAGAGCCAUGGUGAAUGAUAAAUGGCUAGAAAUCAUGCCUCACACUUCUAUUACUCAUCUUCCGUCUGUCGGUUCCGAUCAUUGCCCUCUACUUAUGGAAGUUCAGGAGAUUCCACAUUCCAACAUCAGAUAUUUCAAAUUUCUGCAUUGCUGGACAGAUAAUCAGACCUUCCUGGAUACGGUUAGAGAGUGCUGGAACGGAGAUACUACAGGUAAUCCCAUGUGGACUUUUCAUGCCAAGAUGAAAAGACUUGCUGCCACCCUUAGCAAAUGGUCUAGAAACCAGUAUGGAGACAUUCAUGCAAGGGUUAAACAGUAUGAAGGAGAAGUUAGUAGGGCUGAAGAGGAAAUGCUCAACCACAACAAUGCCGAGAAUCGGGCCAACCUUCAUGCUGUCAAUGCUGAAUAUAUUCGCUACCUGAAGCUGGAAGAGUCCAUCCUAAAGCAGAAAACACAGUUGCAAUGGUUCAAGGAAGGGGAUACAAACUCCAAAUACUUUCAUGCACUCAUCCGAGGUAGGAGGAGGAGGUUGUUUAUCCACAAAAUUUCCAAUGAACAUGGUGAAUGGAUUCAAGGUGAGGAAAACAUUGCUAAUGCAGCCUGUGCUCAUUUCAAGGAUAUCCUUGCGGCAGAAUCUCAGACGGUGAACGAAGCGGCGCUUGAUUGCAUUCCUACUAUGAUUACUGAUGCUCAGAAUCAGGUGCUUUCUGCUAUGCCGUCUAUUGAUGAACUCAAGCAGGUGGUAUUUUCUAUGAAUCCCAAUUCGGCCGCCGGUCCAGAUGGCAUGAAUGGAAAAUUUUUUCAAUCCUGUUGGGACAUUAUCAAGCGAGAUCUGCUUGCGGUUGUUCAGUCCUUUUUCUGUGGGCAUCCAAUCCCCAAGUACUUUUCUCACUCUUGUUUGGUUCUAAUACCAAAAGUGGACCAUCCUAGCAGAUUUUCAGAAUUCAGACCCAUAAGUCUUAGCAAUUUUACAAGUAAAAUCAUUUCUAAGCUCUUAUGUCUGCGUCUGGCUCCCAUACUUCCGGACCUCAUCUCUGAGAACCAAUCAGGAUUUGUCAAGGGCAGAAGUAUCUCUGAAAACAUCAUGCUCGCGCAAGAGAUCACCCAUAGUAUCAAGAAGCCGAAACCGGGAGAUAAUGUCGUCAUUAAGCUUGACAUGGCUAAAGCUUAUGAUAGGGUAUCUUGGUCUUUCAUAUGCUUGGUGCUACGGAAAAUGGGAUUCGCGGAGUUCUUCAUUGAUAUGGUAUGGAGAAUUAUGAGCAACAAUUGGUAUUCUAUAAUCAUCAAUGGCGCAAGGCAUGGUUUCUUUAGAUCCUCCCGAGGCCUUAAGCAAGGUGAUCCGUUAUCCCCUGCUUUGUUUAUCCUGGGGGCUGAAGUUUUGUCCAGAAUGCUGAAUAAUCUGCAGCAGAACCAGCAAUAUAAGGGUUUCCACAUGGAGUUCAGAGGUCCACAAAUCAAUCACCUCAGCUUUGCCGAUGAUGUGAUCAUUUUUGCCUCCGGAACCACAGUUUCUCUUCAGCUGAUCAUGCAGAUUUUGUCAACAUAUGAGAGUGUUUCCGGCCAGCAGAUCAAUAGAGAAAAGAGUCACUAUAUGAUUCCUCACAGCACUCCGCCAGAGAUCAUUGCAACCAUCAGAGAUACUACCGGGUUCAAUCAAAAAGAGAGUCCAAUUACCUACCUUGGCUGUCCAUUAUACAUUGGCAGGCAAAGAGUAAGUUAUUUCUUCGAUAUGAUUGAUAAAGUAGUAAGAAAAAUCAGCGGCUGGCAGUCCAGAAUUCUCAGUUUUGGUGGCAGGGUUACGCUGGUGCGACAUGUCCUUCAAUCACUUCCCAUUCACACUCUUGCGGCCAUUUCACCUCCAAAGACAAUCCUCAAUUAUAUCAAGAAGUUAACUGCUGAUUUCUUUUGGGGAUGGGACAAGGAUAAGAAAAAAUACCAUUGGGCAUCUUGGGAAACACUUGGCUACCCGCUUGAAGAAGGUGGCAUCGGAGUGCGACAAAUCUCGGAUGUGUGUAAAGCUUUCCAGCUCAAACAAUGGUGGACUUUCAGAGCUAAGAAAACCUUGUGGGGUGAUUUCCUACGGGCCAAAUACUGCCAAAGAGCCAAUCCAGUUGCCAAAAAAUGGGACACGGGCCAAUCUCUUGUUUGGAAGCAUAUGAUGACAAACAAAGGCCUUGCUGAAAAUUAUAUAAGCUGGAAGCUGCGAUCAGGUAGUUGCUGUUUUUGGUGGGACGAUUGGCUUGGAAUUGGAGCAUUAGCGCAGCACAGAAUUGUGGGAACCAGACCUGGCAGCACCAAAGUAUCUCAGUUUUUAAUCGAUGGCCGAUGGAACGAAGAGAUGAUUAGACAGCAUGUCUCUCCCUUGUUGGUGCCACAAAUCCUGUCCACUCAGUUUCAUUUCCAGGAGGGAGUAGCCGAUACACCAAUCUGGAAGCCGAAUGAGAGUGGUACCUUUACUUGCUCAUCAGCGUGGGAGUUAGUUCGAGCGAAGAAGGAAAAGACUCGUCUCAACACCAACAUCUGGCAUAAAAGCAUACCUUUUAAAAUAUCCUUCCUGCUUUGGAGAGCAUUGCGAGGAAAGCUCCCAACUAAUGAUAGGAUCACUCAGUUCGGGAGUACGCUGGUCGACUGUUUUUGCUGCAACCGAACAGCACCUGAAACCAUUGACCACGUCCUUGUUUCAGGCCACUUUGCAAGACAUAUAUGGCAGUUUUUUGCCGGGCACCUGGGCAGCAACUAUGCAGCAGCUCCGCUGCACUUUUUUCUCCUCAAAUGGUGGGCUACGGAGCAUAAAAAUGAUGCCCACAAGCUGCUGAUACAUGCCACUCCUAUAUUCAUCUGUUGGAACCUUUGGAAGAACCGUUGCGCUAGCAAAUACGGGGGGAAGAAGUCCAAUAGCGCAAGAGUUAAAUUCCUAGUUUUCAAGGACAUUUACUUCCUACUUGCUGCUUCUUUCCCUCAUAUAAGUUGGCCAACCAGCUGGAACGACUUGGUUUCCAUUGUUGAAAAAUGCAGCCAUGAUGUUAAAGUGACCAGCAUCACUUGGAAAAAACCCGCGGCUGAUUUUUAUAAGUUAAACACUGAUGGGAGCGCUCUUCAGAACCCGGGCAGCAUUGGUGGAGGGGGUAUUCUCCGCGAUCAUCAUGGCAACUUAAUCUAUGCUUUCUCCACCCCUUUCGGCAUUGGCACGAAUAACCAGGCGGAGGUAAAAGCGGCUAUCUUCGGAGUCACUUGGUGCAUCCAACAUGGAUAUACUAAGCUUAUCUUAGAAGUGGAUUCCGCGCUUCUUAUCCAAUGGAUCACUCACCAUAUCCAUCCACCUUGGAGACUUGAUACUGACAUUCUGGAGCUUCAAAAACUCGUUAGUCAGCUUGAGUCAUUUCAGAGUCGUCAUGUCUACCGGGAAGCUAACUACACUGCGGAUGCCUUGUCUAAGUGUAGUCACCAUUAUGAUAUUACUCAGCAGUACUACACUCAUCAGCAGCUGCCUAGAGCAGCAAAAGGGUACUUUAUUCUCGAUAAGCUUGGCACGAUGAGUUUUCGACGGAGAAAGCUUAAGAGAAUAAAGAAACCACCUUGAGUUCUGUAUUUCUGCGGAAUUCAGAUUUUUUGUAGUCGUCAUGUUUAUUUUGAUUUUUCUCUUACUUGUAAGGGGAGAGUCUCCCUCAUUUAUUUAUACCUAGUUUACCUUGUACCGCGAGGAGUCCUCGUUUGUAGGUGCAUAGCACUAGGUUUCCAUUUUAGUAUUGGGGACGAGUCGACUGACUUUCGUGGAUCAGUUGACUUGAAACCACCAUAGUUUUGGAGGUCAGGUUUAUGUCCCCCUCCGGGAUAUCCUGAUAGCUAUAUAUGGUUUG